AUGCCAAUAUCUGCCAGGACACGCCAACCCGGACAGACCCUGAACCGUUCGAAGGGCAGGAGGAGAGUCCUGGUUUGGCACCCAGCCGCCCCUGAGAACUCGCUUUUUGCUUCGCGGGGCAGCGCAGGGUCUGCAUCGAGGCCCCACGCACGAGGAGGCGCCAAAGCUAGCUGCCUCCUCCAGGGCCAGGGCACUCAAGCGCUGCACAUCCCUUCAGUUCACUUCUCUUCCCGAGCUUUGCCCACAAAAGAAGUUGGUGCCCAGGCUGCUCAGGCGGUUGCCGCCGGCCGCCGUGCCGUGGACGCCGCCCAAAGGUCGCGCGCUUCCGAGGCAUCGGGGGCUGAGGCGGAGGACAGACAUGGACGGACAAUGAAAUCGACUCAGGGCACACAGAGCCAGUAG